AUGGAGAUCCAGGACCAAGUGGAGCUCUGUUUUCCACAUCUCGUCAACACAUCUUGCAGGAAGCCCACACUUCACUGGUUUGAAGCUGGAGUCUUGAACAUUCUGCUAUCGUCCAUCUCUGUGAUCACAGUGGCUCUCAACCUGUUUGUGAUCAUCUCAGUCUCCCAUUUCAGGCAGCUUCACACACCCACUAACAUCCUCCUCCUCUCUCUGGCUGUGUCAGAUUUUCUUGUGGGCCUGCUGCUGAUGCCGGUAGAAAUCUUUAGAAAAGCAGACUGCUGGAUAUUUGGAGAUGCCAUAUGCUGUCUUUAUAGUUUAGUGGGAUCUGUCAUUGUCUGUGUUUCAGUAGGACAUAUAGUCCUCAUAUCAGUUGACCGUUAUGUGGCUAUUUGUUAUCCUCUGUAUUACCCCACCAGAGUCACUGUGUCAAGAGUCAGACUCAGUGUCUGUCUAUGUUGGCUCUGUUCUGCUUUGUACAGCAGUUAUUAUGUGAAGGAUGUCCUGGCUCAACCAGAGAGAAGUAAAUCCUGCUAUGGAGAAUGUGUGCUUGUCAUUGACUAUAUUACAGGAACUAUUGAUGUUGUUUUAUCUUUCACUGCUCCUGUUACUAUCAUCAUAAUUCUUUAUAUGAUGGUAUUUGUGGUGGCUGUGUCUCAGGCUCGUGCCAUGCGCUCUAAAGUUCGAAUUGUCACAGUCCAGGUUUCAUUGACUCUGACAAAGAAAUCUGAGUUGAAAGCAGCCAGGACUCUUGGUGUUCUUGUAGUUGUAUAUCUCAUAUGUUACUGCCCUUAUUAUUGUUAUAUUGUGUCUGAGGCUGUGCUCAGUACUACAUCUGGAACUUUUGUAGUCUUCCUGGCUUAUUUCAAUUCUUGUCUAAACCCUGUGAUUUAUGCACUGUUUUAUCCCUGGUUUAGAAAUGCUGUUAAACACAUUGUCACUCUGCAGAUACUGAAGCCUGGCUCCUGGGGGGUAAACAUACUGUAG